AGCGGCCGGGGCGCGAGGCCGGGCGGGCGCGAGCCGGGAGCAGCCGGCGCGGCCGGGCCGAGGGGCGCAGGGGCGCGCGGGCGGCCGGGGCAUGCGGCUGCCUCCCCGGGCCCGGGCGUAGAGGGCGGCUCCCGGCCUCGGGAGCGCGGCGCUGGAGGGGGCACCGCGGCGGCGGCCAUGGCGACCCCCGGCAACCUGGGGUCCUCCGUGCUGGCCAGCAAGACCAAGACCAAGAAGAAGCACUUCGUCGCGCAGAAAGUGAAGCUGUUCCGGGCCAGCGACCCGCUGCUCAGCGUCCUGAUGUGGGGGGUGAACCACUCGAUCAAUGAACUGAGCCAUGUUCAAAUCCCUGUAAUGCUGAUGCCAGAUGACUUCAAGUCCUAUUCGAAGAUAAAGGUGGACAAUCACCUUUUUAACAAAGAAAACAUGCCGAGCCAUUUCAAGUUUAAGGAAUACUGCCCCACAGUUUUCCGCAACCUGCGAGAGAGGUUUGGGAUCGAUGACCAAGAUUUCCAGAACUCGCUGACGAGGAGCGCGCCCCUCCCCAACGACUCGCAGGCUCGCAGCGGGGCCCGUUUCCACACCUCCUACGACAAGAGGUACAUCAUCAAGACCAUCACGAGCGAAGACGUGGCCGAAAUGCACAACAUCCUCAAGAAGUACCACCAGUACAUAGUGGAGUGUCACGGGGUCACCCUGCUUCCCCAGUUCUUGGGCAUGUACCGGCUCAAUGUCGAUGGAGUUGAGAUCUAUGUGAUUGUUACAAGAAAUGUGUUCAGCCACCGUCUCUCUGUAUAUAGGAAAUACGAUUUAAAGGGCUCAACCGUGGCUAGAGAAGCAAGUGACAAAGAGAAGGCCAAAGAACUGCCAACAUUAAAGGAUAAUGAUUUCAUUAACGAAGGCCAAAAGAUUUAUAUUGAUGACAACAACAAAAAGGUGUUCCUGGAGAAACUUAAAAAGGAUGUUGAGUUCCUUGCCCAGUUAAAGCUCAUGGACUACAGCCUGCUGGUGGGAAUUCACGAUGUCGAGAGAGCCGAACAAGAGGAGGUGGAGUGCGAAGAGAACGACGGGGAAGAGGAGGGGGAAAGCGACGGGACCCACCCUGUCGGAACCCCUCCGGAUAGUCCCGGAAAUACGCUCAACAGCUCGCCACCCCUGGCUCCAGGGGAGUUUGAUCCAAACAUUGACGUCUAUGGGAUAAAAUGCCACGAAAACUCGCCCAGGAAGGAGGUGUACUUCAUGGCCAUUAUCGACAUCCUCACCCAUUACGACGCAAAAAAGAAAGCCGCCCACGCUGCAAAAACCGUUAAACACGGCGCCGGCGCGGAGAUCUCCACCGUGAACCCAGAACAGUAUUCAAAGCGCUUUUUGGACUUUAUCGGCCACAUCUUUACGUAACCUCCCGUGCCACCGUGGACGGACACGAGCCGUGAGGAUGGCAGCGGCUUUGGCAUAGGAAAGACGGACGGGGAGCUCCGCGGAGACGCAUCUGGCAGGAGGCAGCCCUCCUUGUUUACAUCUUCAGGCCGACAUGACUGGUGUGGGACGACGUGCUUCAUGGCUACCUGACUUUCCUCGGCAUAGUUCUAGCUACUUCUGAUUUCUCUUGUGUGUGUGUGUGUGCGUGUGCAUGCAUGUGUGUGCACACGUACAUUUAAAAAUAUAUAUAUUAAUUAAAACAGGCCAGCUUUGGUCAGAGUGUGUCAGCAGCUCUGAAUCCAGCUGUGUCUGCAUGGGUGAGUGAAUGAAUGAAUGAAUGAGCCCGUGUAGGAGAGGGGGAUAAGGAAAUGCACGUCAGACCAGCCACGCUGGCCCACCUGUCAACUGUAGAGCAGUUCAUUUUCUCGCAUUGAAAGAUGUGAGACAGUGUUCGUAUGAUGAUGAUGAUGAUGAUGAUGAUGACUAAAAGAGGAAAAAAAGCUCACUGGGAAUGUUACACUCUACUCCGCCCGCCGUCCCCCUUGGUGGUUGUGCCAGGCAGGGGGUGCCGGGGUCCCCUGGUGGGCAGCCCCUCCCCCUCCUCCAGCCGGAAGCCGAUGCCUCGUGACUCUGUACAUUUUCACCUCCGUAAAUUACGUCCAGGAAAACCGCCUCCUUCUCUUUUCUCGCCUGGAGCUUCAUUGUUGCGCUCUUUCGUUACGAUAUAGGAAUUGAUGCUACAAAAUAAAAAUAAAGCUUCCCUGGAAAGUGCAUAGUUUGGGGCAAUGGUGUGGACCCCCCCGCGGGGCCGAGCGAAACGUGACAACGCUCCGUUCUCCUGUUACUGGACACAAAUCUGGAGUCUGAGGAGUUUCUGGGGGGCCAUUGUUUAUACCAGUGGCAAUCUGCGGUGGCGAGCUCUUCAUCGGAAACCCUCCAGUUUACUGUUUACAUUAUUAGGAACACAGGGAUAUUUUUGAAUCUAAAAAUUUAAUGUACAGCAUGUGAUUCUCUGAAGUUUACAUGUAAAGUCGUUUUACAGCGUAGGUGGAACGAUGUUUGUCAUAUUUUAAGGUGUAUCAUGCAGUCAUGUUUUUGAGUGAAUGUUUUAUUUCAAGUACGUGGUAGACAGUCUUUUGCAAUAAAAGGAAAAGGGUUGUUUUGUUUCCUCCAGAUAUACAUUUAUCCACCCAAUGAUUUUUUAAAAUGCCCCAAAUCUGGUGACAUAAAUUCAUUGCCCUAAACUGUGCUGAUUCCGUGUAAUCAAGUUCCAAGUUUCCCACACUAAUCAUGUAUUCCUUGUAUCUUCCAAAAGGCCUCAAACUAAAAUAUUAGACUUGCUUAGAGCAGGUUAUCAACUUGCACACUGUGCUAAGGCUGUGCCUUUGAAACCUUUGUUUAAAACAGAUGAUUUUGGUAGGCAGUUCCAGAGGAAAAAAACACCCGCCCUUCAGUAAUCACUUCUAACUCAGCCAACCCACUUGCCAUAAUGCCUCUUCCAGGAACUUCACUUCAGGGCUAUGAAAGCUGCGAUGUUUGUGGGUUUCCUUCAGAAAACACCAGUCGAGUGGCAAAUCACAGUGUCUCUGAAGCAGCAGCGAUGCCAUUUCUAGUUCAAUUGGCCGACCAGCCAUAGAUUUAUCUCAACAAAUGCCAUUAACGCCACUGUAAUAUAGUUGUACAAAUCUGUGUUUUAUGUAACUAGAUCCAUCGAUACUGUGAUUUGAUUUUCCCCCAUCGUUCAUUCUGGAAUCAAACCAGAUUCAGUGUCCUGAAGGUAUCCUGGGCGUCCUUUGGCCCAAGAUGACAAGACAGAGGCCCUGAAGUCAAGCUAAGGCUCUCACAGCAUUCAAGUAACCCUUUCCUUUGUGGCCAAUCUGUGUAUGCUUCUAGAAGUUUACAAAACGCUUUAUUUUUGUCUGUAAUGGUCUCUUGUCGUUCAUUUCUGUUGACAAACUGUUUAUUUGGGCAGAGUGAGGAAGUUUGCAUCAUAUCUUCUAGUGCUAAAAAUACACUCCAGACAUGGGCAAGGCUUUAUUAAAUAAAGCACUUUGAUGACUCAGUAA